CAAAAGAAUCAAUGAACGAAGAUGGUAUACUAUUAUUCACGUCAGCAACCGAUGGCAGCUAUUUAGUUUCAUAUGCCGCCGAAGUAAAGUUCACACAUAAUACUCCAUACGAUCUAGGCACGCCCAUUUUCUCGUAUCAAGCACACCAAUCCGGAGUAAAUUGUCUCGCACUUCAUCAUUUGACCAAUCCCACUACUUCUAACUUAGUAAAAGAAUCAUAUAUAGUUGUAACUGGUGAAGAUAAUUGUAUAGCUGCUAUAAUUUUGGAAUUUACAUAUCUUGAAUUUAAAGGAGCAAAUAGUGAUACGAAAUAUGGAAAAUGGAUCGCGGAACAAU